ACGUUAUAUUAUCACAUAAUUAUAUCAUAUAAGAUCUACUCCAACUUUAUCACCAACUUAAGGGCAUAUCAUUUGGUAGAUCCAAGUCCAUAGCCUAUUUCGGGUUCACUUGGAGCUUUGGGAAGGGGAGAAUGAUGAAAAGCUUUUUUGAACAAAAAAGUCUUUGAAUAGCUUAUUACCAUUGUAAUCAAAAGCUAUUUUCUUCAAAAGGUUGAUAUUUCCUCAACCUAUUUGAUUAAUGACUUUUUUCUAUACACUCACAUUAACUUUUGAAUUUCAAUUAUUAAAAUACUUUUUAUACUUUUAACUAAUACUCAUAAUUUAAUAUUAUAAAUUAUUAGGAGGGACAUUGAAAAAAAAAAAAACUUUGAUAGAUUGGUACCAUUGUGUAUGAUCUGACAAAGGAUACAUUAUAUUAAUUAGGUAUUUAGGUGUUAGUAUUCUCAUUUCAAGAGAAAUAUGGAUUCUAAAGAAGAAGACUUUACAUAUGCAAUGCAGUUAGUUACCUCCACAUCAUUAACCAUGGUGUUGGUCAAUACAAUCGAACUUAAGAUUUUUGAGGCAAUAGCUGAGGCUGGCCCUGAUUCUCGGCUCUCGUCUCAUGAGAUUGUUUCUCGCUUGUCAAUCACCAACCAAGACGCUCCUGAUAUGCUUGACCGAAUGCUUAGGUUGCUUGCGAGCCAUUCCAUUGUCACUUGCACUGAGAGUAAAGACCAUGAAUCAAGACCGGUUCGAGUGUAUGGUCUCACUCCCGUUGCUAAAUACUUUAUCCCUAACAAAGACGGGGCUUCCUUAGGCGCAUUGAUGCUGUUGCUUCAAGACAAGGUGUUCAUUGAUAGUUGGUUUGAACUUAAAGAUUCAGUUAUAGAAGGUGGUGUUCCAUUCAACAAGGUUCAUGGAACACACGCAUUUGAGUAUCCGGCCUUAGAUGCAAGAUUCAAUGAGGUUUUCAACAAUGCAAUGGUAAACCACACUACUAUUGUGAUGAAGGAAAUCCUUGAGUGCUACCAAGGUUUCACCAAUGUCAAACACUUGGUCGAUGUAGGAGGUGGUCUAGGAAUCACUAUUAAUAUGAUUGUGUCAAAACAUCCCACCAUCAGAGGGAUUAACUUUGAUUUGCCUCAUGUGAUUCGUCAUGCCCCAGUGUAUCCUGGUAUUGAACAUGUUGGAGGAGAUAUGUUUCAAGAGGUGCCAAGUUGUGAUGCUGUUUUCAUGAAGUGGAUCCUUCACGACUGGAGUGAUGAUCAUUGUGCAAAGCUGCUAAAAAACUGUUACCGGGCUUUGCCACAUGACGGAAAAGUUAUAAUAGUAGAGGCAAUUCUUCCUUUCCUGCCAGACAAAAGCUACUAUGUGAAAGCCACUACCCAUGUUGAUGCUAUCAUGAUGACCCAAAAUCCGGGAGGAAAGGAGCGCACCGAGGAUGAGUUUCUUGCCUUGGCUAAAGGUGCAGGAUUCGCGGGUAUCCGAAAGGAAUGUUUUGUUUGCAACUUUUGGGUCAUGGAAUUUUACAAGUGACAUUAUUAUCUUUAAAAAAAAUGCUUAUUUCAUAAAAGAUAUUUGCAAUAUUAUUAAUCGAAGAUUGACUCAGAUAACAUUGAUGAAUGGUUAAACGUUUGCUAUA